CUUUUCCGGCCAGUUCGUCAUUUCAUAGUAAGGUUAGCAUAGUAGCGAAGUAGCGUCAGAACAAAGGAACACUUUUAGCCCAACCAUUCUCUUUCCUCAAAAGUUGUCCCACAACACAAAUAACAAUAAGCUCCUCGAAAUUUGCACUCGCAAAAGCCGCAUACAUCUCAACAACCCUCAGAACCCCUUCGUAGCACAUAUCUUCCAAAAUGUCGUUCCAAGACAAAGUUCAGGGCACCAUCGCCCAAAUUGAUAAGGAACUCUCCAAGUACCCAACCUUGAACAACCUCGAGAAGCAAAGCAACGUUCCCAAGGUCUACGCUUUCUUGGGUGUUAUUGCAUUCUACUUCUUUUUCAUCUUCUUCAACAUCGGAGGUCAGCUUCUUACCAACCUUGCGGGAUUUGUUCUUCCAGGGUACUACUCUCUGGAUGCCUUGUUCAGCUCUGGAAAAGCGGACGACACUCAAUGGCUCACGUACUGGGUUGUCUUUGCCUUCUUGACUGUGUUUGAGAGCGUGUUCACCGUUGUCUACUGGUUCCCUUUCUACUACACCUUCAAGUUCAUCCUUGUUUUGUGGCUCGCACUCCCAAUCACCAGCGGUGCCCAAAUCGUAUUCCGCUCCUUCAUUUCCCCAGUCUUCUCCAGAUACUUCUCUGGAGCUUCCAAGGUUAGCGCCAGCGCAGACAAGUCCUUGUAAUGGACUAACAAGCGUGUACCACUAUCGUGCUGCCGAAUCCAUUCACCUAAGCAAUAUAUGGGCGGAAUAGUGGAAACAUGCGUAAAGACACAAAUGAAGAUUGUAGGCGUCAGACUAUAAGGGGGGGUGGUGUCUUGAGCCGUGGACGUUGAAGGUGGAGUCGCAAAUGCCAACCACGAUGCUGGGGAACAUUGCAACGAAUUUCUUAUCAUAUAUGGGAUAGUUCAGGUGCUCUGUUGAUAUGACCUCAACGUACCAAGAUUCUCGUAAUUCAUUUUUGGUUCAGAUUGAUGGGGUAUAUGGUAGAGGAAAUUAUCGUUGACUAGUUUAUUCAGUUGGUAUAUAUGAUAUGGCAAUGAGGAGAUGAGAUUGAUAAGAUUCGUGCUUCACAAUUACCUCGGAAUGCUCAGAGGUAAAAUCUGUAUCUUGGCCCU